AUACCCGCCGGUCCAAUCACCACGCGAUCCGCGGCAGAACGAAACGGCCGGUUCGGGUGGCGCCUGGCGGCACCCCGAGCCGGACGCUCCGUCACCAACCCGGCGCCGCCGCCUCGUGAACACACAGGCGCCGGGCACGGCGAGAGGGUAUAUAGGCGGAGCUGCCCUGCGCAGCCUCGCCUUCCGUUUUUAUUCUAAGCUUGGCGCUCGCCUCGCGCAGCCAGCGAGCGGGCCUAGCCUACGAGGAGCUGCACGAGAAGAAAAGGGAGAGGAAACCAGAGCGAGUUCUUCUCGGCUCGGGCAUCGCCAUUGGCUGGGGCUAGUCGCUCGCUCCGGGCUUUUGCGUCCUCACGCUAGCUAGCUACUGGAGGAAGACGCGUAAGCACCGAGCUUCUUGGGAGAGAAUAAACCAGCUGCACGGCAGCAUGAAGGGCGGCGGCGCGGGCGACAAGGCCGGGAGGGGCGGCGGCAAGCUGCAGCAGCCGCUGCGCCUGGAGUCGCAGCGGUUCAGGCUGCUGUCCAUCGUCGUCGGCUGCUUCGUCAUCUGCCUCGUCUUCCUCCUCUCCUCCCGCCCCGACGCCACCGCCUUCGACACCGUGAGCCCCAGGGCGUCGCUGGAGGGCGCGCGCCGGCGGCCGGCCGCCGUCAAGACCCUCCGAACCUCCUCCACCGCCGGCGUCGGUGGGGAUGUCCAUGUGGACAUCCGGCCGCAGCAGCAGCAGGGGGGGAGCCUGCGUCAGAGCGUCGAGCAGAGCGCCGGCGACAAGACGGCCACAGAAUGGGUCAGAGACACGGUGAUCGUGGAGGAGAGGAGCGACGCCGAGGCCAGCGAAGCUGCGGCGGAGCCGGAGGAGGCCGAGCGCGACGGCGACGGCAAUGCCGCUGCCGCGGCGUCCAACCCCGACGACCAGCCAGCACCAGGCGCCGAGACGGAGGAGGUCCGAGACGCCGCCGCGACAGCCACCGCACAACCCGCCGCGGAGACCACGGCGACCGCGCCCGACCGGCCAGAGGGGAAGCCGCGAGCUGCCGGCGGCGGUCAGAGCAAGCUCCAGGAGCAGCCAGCUCGGCAGCCGCAAGAGGAGCGCCACGAGCCAGCACGUAGGGGCAACGGGACGGCGAAAGCAACGCCCGACCAAACCUUGUCAACUGGAUCCAGCGGCGGGGACCACCAGCAGCCGCUGUGCGACUUCUCCGACUUCCGCAGCGACAUCUGCGACAUGGCCGGCGACAUCCGCAUGGACGCCAACGCGUCGGCGUUCGUGGUCGUCGACCCGGCGGCGAGCGGGGCCGACGGCGGCCAGUGGCACCGGGUCCGGCCGUACCCGCGCAAGGGCGACGAGACGUGCAUGGGCCGGAUCACGGAGGUCACGGUGCGGUCGGCGGGCGGCGCCGCGCCGCGGUGCACGCGGGAGCACGCCGCGCCGGCGGUGGUGUUCUCCAUCGGCGGGUACACGGGCAACAUCUUCCACGACUUCUCCGACGUGCUGGUGCCGCUGUACAACACGGCGCGGCGGUACGGCGGCGACGUGCAGCUGGUGAUGGCGGACGUGUCGUCGUGGUGGCUGGUCAAGUACGACAAGCUCCUGCGCGCGCUGUCGCGGCACGCGCCGCAGGACCUCGCCAGGGCCGGCGCCGCCGGGGAGGUCCACUGCUUCCGGCGGGCCGUGGUGAGCCUGCGCGCGCACAAGGAGCUCAUCAUCGAGCGGGCGCGCAGCGCGGACGGGCUCGCGACGCCGGACUUCACGCGGUUCGUCCGGCGCGCGCUGUCGCUGCCCCGCGACGCGCCGACGCGGCUCGGCGACGGCACGGGCCGGAAGCCCCGGCUCCUGGUCAUCUCCCGCCACCGCACGCGGCUGCUCCUGAACCUCGACGCCGUGGUCCGCGCGGCGGAGGAGGUCGGGUUCGAGGCCGUGGUGAACGAGUCCGACGUGGGCAACGACAUCGCGCAGGUCGGGGCGCUCGUCAACUCGUGCGACGCGCUGGUGGGCGUGCACGGCGCCGGGCUCACCAACAUGAUGUUCCUGCCGCCGGGGGCGACCCUGGUGCAGAUCGUGCCGUGGGGAGGGCUGCAGUGGAUGGCGCGGGCGGACUACGGCGACCCGGCGGAGGCGAUGGGGCUCCGGUACAUCCAGUACGAGGUGGCCGUCGGCGAGAGCACGCUUAAGGACAAGUUCCCCCCGGGGCACAAGAUCUUCACCGACCCGACGUCGCUGCACAAGAAGGGCUUCAUGUUCAUCAGGCAGACGCUUAUGGACGGCCAGGACAUCGCCGUCGACGUCGGCCGCUUCAGGGAGGUGCUGCUCCAGGUGCUCAACAACCUCUCGCAGUAGACGCCUCUGCCUGCGUAUGCCCGAUCGAGUACACACAGCUGCAUAGUACAAGUAUAUACAGUACACCGGUGCUAUGUAUACGUAUAUUCAUUUAGUUGGAGCUUUGUAUCAUUAUACGGAUAACGGAUGUACACUUUGGCAUAAUCUUUUUCCCCUGAAAGAUUACAAUGAAACCUCUGCGGUUAGUGGUCCCACAGAA